AUGUCUAACGAGCAAACCUUCAUCGCCAUCAAGCCGGACGGCGUCCAGCGCGGCCUCAUUGGCCCCAUCAUCUCUCGCUUCGAGAGCCGUGGCUUCAAGCUCGCCGCCAUCAAGCUCGUCACUCCCACCAAGGAGCACCUCGAGAAGCACUACGCCGACCUCUCCGAAAAGCCCUUCUUCCCGGGACUGAUCGCUUACAUGGGCAGCGGCCCCGUUGCCGCCAUGGUCUGGGAGGGCCGCGAUGCCGUCAAGACCGGCCGCAAGAUCCUCGGUGCCACCAACCCGCUUGCCUCCGAGCCUGGCACCAUCCGUGGUGACUACGCCAUCGAUGUCGGCCGCAACGUCUGCCACGGCUCUGACUCCGUCGAGAACGCCAAGAAGGAGAUCGCUCUCUGGUUCAAGGAGGGUGAGGUCCAGACCUGGAAGCAGAGCCAGCACGACUGGAUCUACGAGAAAUAG